AUGAUCAAUCAAUCAAUCAAAAAAACAAAGGAAAAAAUGCCAUUGGUUCUUGAUGAUCUCCCCACAGAAAUCCUUCUCAAGAUUUUUCGCCAUGUUUCCAAUCUCCAAUCCCUCGCACAUUGUCGGAUCGCCACAAUAGACCGUAUCACCAUCCAAUGCAUCGACCAUUAUCUCUUCGAGAAUGUCAAUUUCUACUACUGUUUACCAAUAACUCCAAACUCAUCCAUCGACAAUGAUCACCAACUUUAUAAUUUCGACGACGGCAUCAACGUGGUGGUGGAGAAGGACCAACCGUCGGUGAAUUUACAGUACUCCGAGAUCGAUAAGUUCCAGGAAAUCUCGAAAUUCUUUCACACUGUAACAAUUCGAAGCUCGUGGUUCUACAAUGAUAUGAGCCGUGAAUAUAUUUUCAAUCUUGAGGAGUGCCAACUGAAUUGGACGAGGUUUGUAAAGUUUGUGAAUUGUUUAUCGUCGAUGACAACGUUGAUCACCGAUAUAGAGAGCUUAUCGUGCGAUAGUAGUUCGUUACACAGUUUGAGUUUAUACCGAUAUAAAGGAAACAUCGUUGAGAAUUUCCCCAGGCUCGGGGAGCUCCAGCAUUUAUCGGUGGAUUUACGGUAUGAUAUGGUGGAGAUCCUUCGAGCAACCACUCUGAAGGGCCAAAUAUCAUUCCCGAAAUUACAAAGUCUUACAAUCCUUCGAGGCCUAGAGGAAUUCGAUGGUAGGUUUUGGGGCCCCAUCGCCCCGAAUUUGCUGGAGGUCAAGGUAAAUCUUGGACAAUCCUCCACGCUUCGCAACUUGAACGGCCAUGAGCUUGGGAGUUUGAAACGGUUGGAAUUGGAAACUUAUCAGGAAUUCGACAACGUCUUGGGGAAAUUCACCAAGCUUGAAGAAUUGAAAGUCACCCAACAAGGAGAAGGAGGGGGCAUUUGGGAUCUUGAAAAAGCCCGGAAAAGUUUAAACAAGGCGGAGUUCUCGUUCUCGAAUAUCACGGUGAUGGAAAACUUGCACGGACUUACAACGUUACAACAGCUUAUUUUAAACACCAACAAGAUUGGGAAAAUUCAAGGGUUAGAAGAUUUGGUGAACUUGAAGGUUUUGAAUUUGUCCAAUAAUUGUAUCAAGAAGAUCGAGAAUCUUUCAUCGCUUAAAAACUUACGGGUGUUGAAUUUGCGAGGUAACAUGAUCACCAAGAUGGAAAACUUGGACCAGUUGAGGAGUCUCGUGGAGUUGGAUCUCAAUCGUAACCAGAUAAAGAAAAUAGAGAAUAUUGGCCGAUUAUCAAAGUUGGAGGUCCUUAGAAUAUUCAACACCACCAAAACCAAGCUGGAGAUCCGUGAUCUAAGGAUGUCCAAUCAUGAUAAAUUAUGGAUAAUCAUCAGUUUUUGUAUUGUUUUGUUGUGUGUGGUUCUUCAAAUAAUAAAACAGACACCAUAA